UGCACAGGAUAUUGGAUGAGUUUAGUCAGUUGGCUCAGGCUUUACCACAGAAAACUUCCAUCGGAGCUCGGUUUUGUCCUCUGUUUUAUGAGUGUGAUCAUUUAGUUUAGUAUAUCCUUAAAAGCUUUGUCAUUAAAGAUGUGAAUUUGUACAAGAAACCGAUUUUUAAUGGUGAACAACAGCACCAGCGGUUGAGACAGUCAGCCUGAAUAUCGUGUGUGUGUGUGUGGCUGUCAGUCAGUCAGGCAGCAGCGCAGGCAGCACGAGGGAAAACAACACGAGGCGGGCUUCUCGAGCGCGAGACUUUGAGGCAACGCUAGAAAUUACCCUGUCAACACAAGCCGCCCCUCUACCCUUCGGUUCUUCACUUAUGUGUGUGCCUGAACCCAUGCCAGGGGGGUGUGAGAUGGCAAUUAAUGGCCUCCAGUGGAGCUGAAGACAUAAGGAAUGGGGCAUCACGGCCUGCCCUCAUCGUCCAAGCCAAGUCCGCUGUAGUCCAUUCACCCAAUGCACGAGUCUCCUUCAACACUGAAAGAAAGAGAUUGCAGGGCGGCGCGGGUGAUUCGCUGCCUCAGCCGAAUGUGAGAGUGCUGUAUGAUCAACCCUACUGUGUCUCAGGGAUCCCCACACAGCGUGCCUAUCCACACGUGCCUACCAUAAGAGUCAGCCGCGUACAGAGCACAAGCGCGAGUUCUUUGAAUGGUGCUAGUAAAGGUUUAAGGACACACAGUGUUAGAUCGAAGAGCUUGCCACAUAUUAACGCUGCUCCCGCUGCAUGCCAUAGCCACCGUCAGCCCCACUGGAACCUUGAUUCGUUUAGGUUCAAGUCAGGGCUGUUAGGAAAAAGGGCCUUUUCGCCUCAGCUGUCCGUCUGUCCUGCCUGUCCCUCCCCACCCAAGUCGUCUUCUCAAAGGUUUGUAAUUGAGAAAAUCAUGCCUACUAAUCAGUCUUUGCCUUGGACGAGCAACAAGCUCAGGGAUACCAGCAAUGGAGUUAUGCGGCCCCCAAAUGCCAAAAUGCCCUCGUACUCCAAACAAGAGACCAAUGACCUGCACAGUCCUGCCAAUGUCAUAACCGGUUGCAAUGGAACAUAUUCACGAGGCCUCAAAGCAGAUGCAAUGAAACCUCCCCAACCGAGUGUGCCUUUGAGAGAGAUAUGCACGGAUGUGCUUUUGAAACAGGCGGCCAAGGAUUUGAGGCAGUUUGAGAAGAUCGUAGUUGAAGACAGUAGAGAAGAUGAGCUGGAUUGCUGCGUAGGACACGGUGAAGCUUCUCAGAGAGUGACAAAAAUCAGCUCUGAGGCAGAGUUCACCGCCACCACUGUGCAAAAACACAAUGUACAUGCAAGACACAGGACCAUCAACGGUCUGAGCAACGUUAAACAUCUCACAGAUAGUAUCUGCCUUAUUAAUGAAGAUAAGGAGUCUUGUUUUACACCCAUGGAAACCAACGGUGCCCUCAGUUUUGAUUUAAUGGAUGAGAAGUGCCCCUCUGCUGUUGUUUGUGAUAGUAAGACAGAUGGAGGUGAUUGUGCCAUUCCAGAGGUGACUGGCCACAAUAUGGCCUCUCCUCACUCGCCGUCUGUUUACACCGUAACAAAUCAGAUAUCUGCCAUUCAUCUCACAAAAGAGGAAAAUUGUCAAGCCUCUCAGAUGGACACAAGCCCCAUAACACUUAAAGGAGAGGAGGAGGAUGAUCCAGAGAUUCAGAGACAGGCAAUGAUACUAGAUGUUGACGAGGAGGAGCUUCCAGAUCAGCUGGAGAAUGACUUCAGUGAUGAUGAUGAUUGUGAUGUUUCCUCAACAACGUCUAUGGCAGCCUUGUCCAAUCACCUGACAUUACCAUGGUGAUGACCAACACACAGAGGAGGACCUGACAGUUUUUGUUUGUUCUAGUGGUUGCUGUCAGAGAAAAGCUUUAAAGCCAGAGGCCUGUAGAAACGUCCCACAAUUGUUCUUGUGUGAUAG